GCGCACCCGCGUUCCCAUUUCGAAUCCUCCUCCAAUCUCCUCGCGCCGCCCACCGCAGCCCUCUCGCUCCGAUGGCCCGCACGAAGCAGACGGCGCGCAAGUCGACCGGCGGCAAGGCGCCGCGGAAGCAGCUGGCCACCAAGGCGGCACGCAAGUCGGCACCGGCCACGGGCGGCGUGAAGAAGCCGCACCGGUUCCGCCCCGGCACCGUCGCGCUCCGUGAGAUCCGCAAGUACCAGAAGAGCACGGAGCUGCUCAUCCGGAAGCUCCCCUUCCAGCGCCUCGUCCGGGAGAUCGCGCAGGACUUCAAGACGGACCUGCGGUUCCAGUCGUCGGCGGUGGCGGCGCUGCAGGAGGCCGCCGAGGCGUACCUGGUGGGGCUCUUCGAGGACACCAACCUCUGCGCCAUUCACGCCAAGAGGGUCACCAUCAUGCCCAAGGACAUCCAGCUCGCGCGCCGCAUCAGGGGCGAGAGGGCCUGAGCGCUGCUCCUGCCUGUUCUUUCGUUUGGUUUCUUGGUAGGAUGGAAGAGGAUGACUUUGUUGCCCUGCUAUGUUGUACUGAUGUUCUAGGCAAAUUGUUCUGGCUGUGAUGGAAUGUGGUUCAGUGGCUUGGUGUUGCAAGAUUUGUUGCCUGUGCUAUGCCACUUCAUGUGUUGGUUCCUGCAUUUGGUUUAUACUUUCGUGGAGCAAGAUUUAAAUCCGAGAUUAUGGGAUACUGAGUAUGUUGUUGGA